ACUUCCCAACAUGCCACGCGAUGUCCUGAUGGUUUUGAGCGCCGAAUCUAAUCAAGGGAAUGCUGUGUGAAAUGGAGACCGGGGAAGAGUGCGCGGGAGGCUUCAAAAAGGAGACUGUGAACAAACUGCUCCAACUCCACUUCAAAGAUGACAAAACCCGAGCCAGUGGUGAUGCAGUGUUGCUGAUGGCUGAAAUGCUUAAAAUAUUUGUCCGAGAAGCAGCAGCACGAGCAGCACGGCAAGCUCAGACUGAAGAUGUAACUAGGGUGGAAGUGGAACACAUGGAAAAAAUCUUGCCACAGCUGCUUCUGGAUUUCUAGAAACCUGAUGAGUGAAAAACCUGCAUUCCUGUUACUAAGAAGAUCUUGCUGAACUCAGAAACAAAAUGAGCCGCAGACUUGUAAUAUGGAAUUUCCUACAAAAUGUGCUGACUUCCUGGAAUGACAACUUACCUUCCUUCUCCGCUCUGUUUGCCAUCUCUGUUGGGGUGCUUAGUGGCUGUCAGUGUUGCCUAAAAUAACUCUGAGUUUGUUGGGAGUUUCUUGUAAUACAAUUCCUGGAGCAGAUGGUGGCUAUCUGAAACUCUGCUCUGCCCUUCUGAUGCCAUUCAUAGUCAGGUAAUGUUUUUACUUUCCUAAUGAGAAAAACAGGUGCCACCUCCUAGAGGUGUGUGGAAAGGGUGAGUACGCUUGGGAGGCUUGGCCACAUCAAGGGCUCUUGUCAUCUCCAGGCCUGAGCACUGUCUUAAGUUCUUAAAUAGGAGCCCAGCCCCAAAUCUGUGCCAACGGCAGGUACCUGAUCUUUAUUUUAUGAAUAAACAGUGCCUGUCCUUCAAUCCGUUCCCACAUUCCACAGGGCCAUGACAUCAAAGAGUGCAUGGAACCUUUUAACCAUUUGAUAUUCCUCUUAAGAAGCUGCUUCCCUCUGCUAUAAAUUUGUUCUUACAAAGAAACGUCAAUAAAUCAAAAAUAACCUCCCUCCCUUGUGUGGGCUCCUUGUUGCAAUUAAUCAUAGAAAGUCAAGUAUCUUCAAAGAGUCCUUUGGCCUCCCCACUCCGCCUCUUCUUUGUAGGACGAAAGAAAAACUUUCAGAAAGGGGCAGAAUAACAAACAGCAUGCGUGAGGAUCCCACAUCAUGCAAGACCCAGCCCCUCUGCCAGCAGGGGAGGGGGGGAAAGCUGUGAAAUAGUAAACCUUACACAUGGAGGCAGGGCGUAGCCUAAUGAAUCUGGUUCUGUUGUGAAAGAAAGAUCAGGCCUAAAAGAAGGGUACUUGUAUCUUAAGGAACUCAGAAGUAAGCUCUAGUAAAUUCAGUGGGACUUAAGGAACAUAACUAGGAAGAACUGCUCCUGUGGAUGUUGGAUUACAGCUAUCAAUACCUCUGAUCGUCAACCAUGUUGAAGCUGUAAUCUAGCAACAACUGAAGUAGCAAGCUCACUAUUCCUGAUUUAUAUAUGAUGUGUGUGUAAUUAAUGAUACACAUUUGAAUCUGUUGCCAUGUCAGCUUUAAAGUAAGAAUGGUAAUAACCAGAGUGAUCAACAGGAGUUCUCCAGAGUGUUUAUUUCUACAUAUUAGCUUUGUACAACAAAUUACUGUUGCUUUGCG